GCUGGUGAGUGAAGUUUCCGGAAGUAGUGCAUUGAAUUACAUUUGCCGACUAAAACUCCUCCACACAUUCUGCUGCUGGGAUUACCAAAAGCUAUCUCAUGGCUGGCAGAAGAGUUGUGGUCUUCCCCUCCUCAGCGGAGCUUGGUCCAGUGCUGGCCCAACUGGUGACAUCUCGGGCUGAGAAGGCCAUCGCCUCUCAUGGCAGGUUCACCUUGGGCCUCUCUGGAGGAAGCCUUGUGUCCAUGCUUGGCAAAGAGCUGCCCGCCCUGCCAGACCUGGACUGCAGCAAGUGGGUGGUGGGCUUCUGUGACGAGCGGCUGGUUCCCUUCGAUGAUCCUGAGAGCACCUAUGGGCUAUACAAGGGUCAGUUGUUUUCCAAGGUCAACAUCCCUGACAGUGGGAUCUUAACCAUUGACUCCUCCUUGCCAGUCAACGAGUGUGCUGAGGAUUAUACCCGCAAACUGAAAGAGGCCUUCCCAGAUGAUAAGUUCCCAGUGUUUGACCUGUUACUGCUAGGUAUGGGGCCUGACGGACACACCUGUUCCCUCUUCCCAGACCACCCUCUCCUGGAGGAAACCAAGAAGAUUGUGGCCCCCAUCAGCGACUCUCCCAAACCACCGCCACAGCGUGUAACUAUGACCUUUCCUGUGGUGAACUCUGCACGCUGUGUGGCUUUGGUGUCAACAGGAGGAAGCAAAGCGCCCGUUCUGAAGGAAGUGCUGGAGGGUAGAGAAGGUCCAGCUUAUCCAGCAGCCCGCGUUGUCCCGACUAAUGGCGAGCUGUUUUGGCUAGUCGAUGACCCCGCAGCUUCUUCCUUAACCAUACAGGUAGAGAGGCUAGGCUCAGGGGCCAAACUAUAAAGCUGCCCGUCGGAUAAAUGAAGGCAGGAAGCUAACCUGAAAGUAGAAACUGGAAAAAAGUGCAGAACAUUCCUACCUUCACAUGACAGUGGUAUUCCUUUACAUAGGUGAAAUAGUGACAUAGGAUAUGGAGAUGAUUUAAAAAGAUUAUAUACGUUUGUUAUCUCAAGGAGUCAGCACUUAUUGGAAUGUGGUUAGUGUGUCUGAGGUGUAGCUUUUUCUGAGUACGGUUUAAAGUCCCCCUCCCCUUCAAAAUGUGUUUAUUUAGCUUAUUUUUACAUAACUGUACAGAAUAAUGCACAGUAUGGGCAUAGUUUGAUAUUAGUCAUUUGAAGAAUACAGCUAAAAUAAAGUGAAAAUGGACUUCAGGUAUGGGAGAUAUCUUGCACUGUCUAAAUACUCUCAAUGGAGAAUGAGUUGGUGUAAUUUUAUGAAUUUAAGAAUAAUCUACUUUAUUUUGUUGUGAAACCCCCAAAUCAUUAACUGAUGCAGAGUAUUUAAUUGACAAAAAUGUGUCUGAGGAAGAUCUUUAAAGUUAGACUUUUUUGGCUUUGAAGUUCAGGAAAUUCAUAAAACACAAGUGCAGUCCAGAUCAACAGUUAAUUCGUCUGACAACGUUAUAAUUAAUACACUGUAUUUGGGUGCAUUUCUGAAACGCCUUUUACAACGUAUUUUCAUUAGCAAUUUGGAAAAAUAAAAAGUGAAUUGAA